UUGCCAUGUCUUAAUAUCGGCGUUUUAUUUCAGCCUCAUGAAUUUCAGCUACAAGACACUGCGUUCAGAGCAAGAUAGACCUUUUGUAACCGGGACUUUCGAUCGAGAGAAGUGAUCAGUUUGAAGCCAUACGGAUGCGGACAGUAGUCAAACCUCUUAGCUGGGACCAUGGGCGGCAAUUUGGCAUCCGGCGGGAGGAAAAAAGCUCUUAUGAUCAAAACACAUUACAAGUGAAGGAGUUCAAAAUAAAUUACCGAAGAAGCCAGAAGCCCGGCCCCUUUAUAUCGAUGGAUCCUACUUUUCAGAGGAGAUGCCAAUACAGCCAACCGCCACAUAAACUGAGAGCGCGCCGGAAGAGACAGAAGCCUUAUAUCACGACGGAAGCAGAUAUUGAAAAGCGAAGCUGCUCAGAUUCUGAUCAAGAUGGUGAAUCUAGAGGGUUGUACGGACCUAGCAUCUCGUUCGCAAUAAAGAAGGAGCGCAACCGUGGAAGUCUCCCCAGCUCGAGCUCAACACCACGUGUCCAAAGCUGUGCGGAGCCACAGGAGUCUCAACAUUCAGAAGCAACAGAUAACUUAGUACGCACGAAUCAGUCAUUGAGUGGGUUAGGCAACAAUAAUUUCCAGACAUUUGAGUUCAAAUCUCAAGAUCCAAAAAUAUCACCAGUUACCAUGCAUGGCAUUGCUUGCAUGGACGAUUCUCGACCUAUUAGGCAACUCCGCAAGACGGCAACGCACCAGGGGCCACUUGUACAUGCUAGUGCACAUAUUCGACCGCACUCUGUUCCAAAAUCUACAAGACGAUUUUCCGACCCAAGUCACGUGUACGGGAAAGUUCUGUCCCUCGGAUCAGAGAUUUCCCCUGUGUCCAGUCAACCUGUUAAUCAAUCUUCUUUGAGUGAUAAGUUUUCCCCUGGAGAGCCGCACGACUAUGCUAGUAGCGCCGAUGAAAUGAGCCAUUUAUCAAGAAGGGCGGAUGUACCGACUGCACAUAAAAACGUCGAGUCAUCACCCAGACACAUCGAAGAUAACUCUUCUAUGUUUGAAUUUUCUAUCUUGUACAAUCAAUGGAGAUACAUUUCACGGAUUAGGACUCAUGUACAAACACUUCGCUUCAAACUUCAAAUCAAGCGCCGUGAACUACGUAUUCUGCAAAGAGAGAAAUCUCUUGCAGAAGAUGCAUAUUUUAAACAAGUUCAAAUGAGGGAGUUAAAUAUGCCCUUUCCCCGCGCAUGGUGGUCUGAAAAGACUAUUGCAGAGCUACUGAACGAUUCCCAGAAAGCCAGAAAUGAAUAUGGUUCCCUGGAAGAUGAAUACAUUCAGAUUGAGGAUGAUCUAGAUUCGCAAGAAUGGGAACUUUCACAACAGGAAAACCAUUUUUACAGUCAGCUGCUAGACCCUUCACGAUUUUUUCGCGGGCCAAUAAAUUCCGAAUAUGCAGCGAAAUCACAGGACGAGCCGGAGCAUUUCGAACCCCAUCCGUUGGUGGACGCAUAUCUUCUGAAGCUCGGAGGUCUUGAUAACCUACGUGAAAGCUUCGAUGAGACUUUGGAUGAGAAGUUAGACCUCGAAGAACAACUAGCUGUCAGAAAGCGAUUUAAUAUGACCCUUAUGCCCGAAGAUCAGCAAUGGCUUGACAGCUCUCAAUCUCAAUUGGAUGAUUUGGCCUCUAAGAUUCAAGUCGCGGAGACGGAAGAGAGAGAAUUACGACAGCAGUGCUUGUCAUUGGGACUUAUAGAUGAAAAUUGCAACCCAAUAGAGCCAUCAAAACAUGAGCGACAUAGUUUGUCGACAGACACAGCUCCAGAAACACUCGAGAAUCCUCGAGAAAGUGUUCAAAUUCUCUCACUAUUGCCCCCAGAGCCGAGCGACAUGGAGAUUGGCAUAAAGGCAUUAGACUUUGGUCACAACUACUCAUCACGGAAUGAACGCUUUGACCGCUGGUCACUAGAAAAGCUCCAGGUUUCUCUUCUCGAGAUCAAUAUCUAUGCAAAUUGCUUCGAAAAUUACGAUGAUUUGACAGAUUUAAGCAAACUGAAGGAAACGGUCCACGACGACGAUUUUGUUACUGCCUGGUUUGCCGAUGGCUUCACGGAUAGUGCAUCAAGAUCUACGGGCUUUACAUCCAUUCAUUCGACUCCACAGCACAUCCCUUGUGCAAAUUUAGAUAGCAAAGUUUCUCCAUAUGAUUCUGUAUUUUCUAACGCACCUCAUAGUGAAUCAGAUCAUUCAAAUAUCGCUGAGGGGGGAUGAUAGAGUGUGCUGUACCACUUUCAGAUACUGUUCCCACUGGAAUCGCUAGGUGAUUUAUUUUGGCGCUCGGAAUCGAAGGCAGGCAAUUUUGGCAAGCCUUGUUUAUGUUUGUGUUUAUGUUUAUUCACUUCCCUUCCCUUCUCCCCGGAGACUUUAUCGAUAAUAAAGGGCCUUGGCAAGGACAUUCAAAAGGUCGCCUUUCUAGGACAUUUCUCCUUGCGAGUUUUUGUUUGUUACUUUGUUUGCACGACUCGUUUUCCAAGCUUUGUUCUUUCUAUUCACCUCAAAAAUUAAUGGUCUAUUUUAGCACUUUCAUCACAAUACUCUCUCUAAAUCUUUCCUUUGCAAUGGUGGUCAGUGACAUAGCCAAUGAUAACAAUU